AUGAAAUUAAUCAUCUAUAUUACUGCUUAAACAGUUAUAUAUUAGUUUGAUGCAAAUUCUAACUUAUUAGAUGGUAUUUUAUUAUAAUUUAAAUGUCUUAGAUUGGUAAGGUAAGUCUAAUUUCUUCACAUGUGGAAUGUUUAAAUAUUUUGGGUCGAAUGGGUCUAAUAAUAUUAGCAGAAUAUUUUUAGAUAUAGACCCUCAUUCUCAUUAUAGAGUGGAUGUAGAAGUUUUAAGGUAUGUAAAAAUCUAAAUUAGCAUCGAUAGUUAUAAAGUACCGAAGUUUUAUAUAGAUAAUGCAUUGGCCCAUCAAGAAAUAUAAAUGCCACCAUAUGAAGAUUAAAUUUGUGGUAAAUCACUAUUUGAUUCUAUAAUAAUAAUAUCAAUAUUUGGCUAACAUAACAGAAGAACUUUAUGGGUUAGUAUAUGUUUAGUUUAUUGA